UUAUCCUUCACCAGCGCGACGAUCAACUCUUCGUAAACAAAAAACACCUGUGCCAUCGGCAUUUGAUCACUAAGGCCAGCAGGACAUCACCGCCAUCGACAACUCUACAAUAUGGCAAGCGCCAAGAAACAGGACUCCUCCUCAAAGAAGCCCGCCAAAAAGAGGACUCUUCGACCUUCAUCCUCCAAGAACACAAAGCCAGCAAAAGCAAAGGCAUCCGCUCCAGCAGCAGGAAAAAAAUUAAACGAGAAAGUAACAUCAAAAACCACAUCCAAGGCAGGAGCCUCAGUCUCAUCAGCCUUAUCAGACAUCUCACUAAAGAAACAGGAAACACGGGCCCUAUCCGAUGAAGAGAGCGAGGAUGACAAUGGUUCUGAAGUGCAGGAAGAAGAGGAGGAGGAGCAGGGAGCUGAAUCAGAUCCUGAAGACUAUGAUCGACAAUUGGGCUUGCAGCGAACACUGCGGGUCGUUUCCAAGGCAACUGUCAGACGGACGUGGAAGCCGAUUGAUGUUAAAACCCGCACCCACGUCCAAACUGUCAUUUCGAACCUCUUUCCCGCCGCCAUUUCACGAGCUCGAGGAGAGAAGAGAAAGAUUGCUGUCCAGGUCACCUUGAAUCGCCUAAUGCAAAAGAUGAACGACCGACUAAGUGAACUGGAUGUACCACCACCAAGGAGGGAUCGCAUCAACUAUCACCAGCUCAUGAAUCGAAAUAAAGAGUUGGAGGCUAUGCUCGUACCAGAUCUUGAGCAUAUCAGGGACUUGGAGCUUCGUCUUGAGCAAGAGAAACUUCUUGCGGAACAGGAUGAAGAAGAACUGAAAGACUUUCAGGAAAAGAAGCGAGCACUGGACAGCUGGACAAAUCACCUGCAUCGGUUCAAAUUGCACCCCCAAUUGCGCGACAAUUCACUCUCAAGCACCAUGGCAGCGCUUUGUGCCGCCGACAACAAUUUCAGUCACCUGUCUGUGGCAGACCAGAGAUUGAUGUCGAUGAUGCCAACUUUGCGGGACGAAGUGUUCUCUGCUAGCGAUACUCGCGAUAUGUUAUACAACCCUGAUAAGGACCUGAAAAUCAACAAGAUAUCGAAGCGACUUGGGAGCCGGCUGUCGUCGAUCGAGCAGAACACUGAAGGACUCGAUCCAUUGGUGCAACUGGUUGCUGCAGCCCAGGAAAGGGUCCGUGAGCUAUCGAAUAUCGCCACAUCGAGCUCAAACGCUCGAUAAAGGGAACAUACGCAACGGCUGGAUCGUGCGCUCUGUCUCUCAUUCAUUCAGUUAUAAUAAUUGUACAAAAUAAACGCUCACAUUUUCAUGCAA